CAUUUCCCGCCUUCCGCAGCUCGUCCACACUGUCCAAUCCCUGCCUCUAGGACGUUUCUCAUUCCCGGACUUCUUUCCUGUGGUUCUCUAAUUGUUUGUGGAUUCUCACUAUCCAGGGUGGAUAAGUAUCAUCACUAACGCCAGUUCCAAGCGUCAACACACUGAACCUCAGCAAUAAAACAAAACUUCUGGAAUUUCCACAGAUCAUAUUUCCAGACCCGGAACGCUAUCAUUGAUAUCGCCAUUGGUAUUGUUAUCGUUGUUAGCAUUUCAUCGUUGUGUUAUCUGUGACAUACUCUCAUUAUCAGAGGACAGAUUCUGUAUAUCCAAAAGUGCCGUAUAGUAUCGUUGUGAACAAACAUAACCAGCACAUCAAAACAACAAGCAAAUCCAUAAUCAAUCCUAUCCUACAGUUCUGACUGCAUCAACUUAGUGUCAAUUUCGAAAACAUUGUUAUCAUCGCAUUACUAUUGAUCUUCAUUAUCAUUAAUCUAUACAAUCAUAAGUUCAACUAUCAUUAUCAUUAAGAUCAUUAUUAAUAUCGAUAUCAUAUAACAUCAAUAGCCUGAUCUCAUUUACAUUGUCUUAAUCCAUUAACCUAUAUUCAAAAUGAGCUCCCCGAACAGCAUAGAAGACGACUCUAAUGGCUCUGCUUCCAACUCCAUCAGACCGGCUCUGCCUUCAAAAUCCAGAGAUGACUCGAGAAGCGAUCCCAUCUCGAAAAACAACGCCAAAAACGAUAACUCUACCUACUCCCAUCCUUAUCGCCGACACCAUGACUCGGAGUUUCUCAUGGAUAACGAAUACACUGACUUCCGUGAAGUGCGCGACGCCAUUAUCACCAACCGCAGACUUCUGGAAGCUGCCCAUAGCCACCUGAUCGAAACUAUUAUUGACAAGACGUCGUUGUUACGUUUACCUACCGAAGUUCUUCUUCAGGUGUUUCACCAUCUUGAUCGCAAAGACCUCUUCAAUCUCUUGACCGUAUGUCAGGAAUUUGCUGAUCUCAUUAUCGAGAUUCUUUGGUUCAGACCCAACAUGCAAAAUGAUUCUUCAUUCAAGAAAAUCAAGGAUAUAAUGCAGCUUCCUUCAAGUAAAACUCAUUGGGAUUAUCGUCAGUUCAUCAAGAGAUUGAACCUCUCGUUUAUGACUAAGCUCGUAGAUGACGAAUUACUUCUGCUCUUCAUCGGCUGUCCCAAAUUGGAACGGCUCACUUUGGUCAACUGCACAAAAUUGACAAGAAAUCCCAUAACUCAGGUGCUUCAUAACUGUGAGAAAUUGCAAUCCAUAGAUUUAACAGGAGUGACAGACAUCCACGACGACAUCAUUAAUGCUUUAGCUCGGAACUGUGUUCGUUUGCAAGGCUUGUAUGCUCCUGGCUGUGGGAACGUCUCCGAGGAAGCCAUUUUGAACUUGCUUGAAUCGUGUCCCAUGUUGAAACGAGUCAAGUUCAACAACUCCAACAACAUCUCUGACGAAAGCAUUCUCAAGAUGUACGACAACUGUAAAUCUUUAGUAGAAAUCGACUUGCACAACUGUCCCAAGGUCACCGACAAGUACUUGAAGAAAAUCUUCUUGGACUUAUCACAACUCAGAGAGUUUAGAAUCAGUAACGCUCCCGGAAUCACAGACAAGUUGUUUGAGUUGUUGCCGGAGGGCUUCUACCUUGAAAAAUUAAGAAUAAUAGACAUCUCCGGCUGCAAUGCCAUUACUGACAAGUUGGUGGAGAAAUUGGUUUUGUGUGCACCAAGACUAAGAAACGUUGUGCUAUCGAAAUGUAUCCAGAUCUCUGAUGCUUCUUUGCGGGCGUUAAGCCAGUUGGGAAGAAGUUUGCAUUACAUCCAUCUAGGCCAUUGCGGGCUUAUCACCGACUUUGGCGUAGCUUCAUUGGUGCGUGCCUGUCACAGAAUACAGUAUAUAGAUUUGGCGUGUUGUUCACAGCUUACUGACUGGACGUUGGUAGAGUUGGCCAAUUUGCCCAAGCUUCGUAGAAUAGGCUUGGUGAAGUGCAGUCUUAUCACAGACAGCGGCAUUUUGGAGUUAGUCAGACGUCGUGGAGAACAGGACUGUUUGGAACGAGUCCAUUUGUCGUACUGUACAAACUUGACGAUUGGUCCCAUUUACUUGCUUCUAAAGAGUUGUCCAAAGUUGACUCAUUUGCUGUUAACGGGAAUAUCAUCGUUUUUGCGUAGAGAAAUCACACAAUACUGUCGUGACCCUCCUCCGGACUUUACAGAGAUGCAGAAAGCCCAGUUCUGCGUAUUUUCUGGUAAUGGAGUCAACCAGUUGCGCAACUACCUUAACCAAGUAAUGGAAGAAAGAGCAUAUCUGAUUGACCAGGGCGAGAUUCAGGCACUCUUUAUGGAACGAAGAAGAAGGCAGAUCAAUGCCGACGUAGACAUGGAUGACGAGGAAAUGAACAUAUGGGUCCGUAGGGGUCUUGGCUUGCUCCAGCAAGAUGCUACCGAGCCGCAGAAUCCGGAAAUGGUGGAAAUUAAUAGAGAAAUCUUUCGCGAGCUCAAUGAAGGCAACAUGACUCCGGAAGAAAUGCGAGACUAUUUCAUGAGAUUGAUCCGGAACCGUCACCACACACGAAUCUUCGAACAUCAACAACAAAGAAUAGAACAACAGGUACAACCUAUACGUCCUCCACGGAAUCCGCAGAAUGCCCCACAGAUCACGCAGCCACCGGUAUUUCCCAGCGACGACCAGAAUAUUCCAUCUCUUGCUGACGACGAAGACGAUGUAGACAUGGAACCGCUUUUCCCGCGGAAUCCACCAGCUUAACUGGUUCAAGUUGGUGAUAGCGGUGGUGCGGAGGCAGAAUUUGCUUGACCCACUAGGUACAUGCUUCCUAAUUUAUUACGCUAAAAUAAUAGAUGGUAUUCUAUGUCUCAUAUGAUGUAGUGUAUUGUUAAUAGUGUGAUAGUAUUAUGGUGUUAGUCUUAUGGUGUUAGAGUUUAUAGUUAGCUAUCAUCUUGGCAUUAUAGUAGUAUCACAGAAUCAAAGUU